CUCCACCAGAUCUCCGCCGGUGUGACGGCCAGCAGACCAGACGCAAGCGCUCUGAGCUACAGCCCAGAGUGCGUGUCUGUGUCAGUCUGUCCGUGUUCUGUACAAACUUGAUCAUGAAGGACCGGGGACAAGCACGUGCUGCGGACCACCCACUCACAUGAACCUAGGAAGUAAUGUCCCACGUUGUAGUUGUAAGAGAAAGCUUUGCCUAAAAACCCGCCAAGGACUUCCUGACUGAGUUAGCAGGCCAUCGGUCUCGGUGUGUGUCACACAAUGGAGUCUUCCUCCGACCAGUUUCUGGAGUUCCACCCCAUCCACGGCAGCAACAUGCGGCUGGACUACACGGGCACCCAGGCCACCCGCGUGGAGAGCUUCGCCAACGGGCUGUGCUUCAGCAAGCAGCCCCUGAAGCCCGGGGAGAUCUUCCUGAUCGAGAUCGAGGAGAAGGAGCUGGGCUGGUGCGGCCACCUCCGGGUGGGCCUCACCGCCCACGACCCGGCCGGCAUGGACGCCGUGCCCGAGUACUCCCUGCCCGACAUGAUGGCGCUGGGCGACAGCUGGAUCUUCGCCAUCACCCGCAACCACAACAAGGUCCCGGACGAGGUGGCGGCGGAGCCCGGGGGGGGGGAGGCGGAGGCGGGGGAGGCCGCGGAGGGGGAGGGCGGGAGGAGGCUGGGCGGGAGGGUGCCGGGCGCGGGGGGAGAGGAGGAGGCGGCGGCCCUGGCCCGGGUGGCGGCGUUGACGAGGCAGCUGGAGGCCAACAGCGGACCCAAGAGCUUCUUCGUGGACACCCACCUGCACAUCGAAGACUUCCGCAUCCCCCUGGAGAAGCUGGUGGGCCGCAGCCGCCCCGGCCGCUUCAGCCACAUCCUGGACGACCUGUACAAGAGCAACGCCCUGCCCCCCACCGCCAGGCGCAGCCGCAUCGGGGUGCUGUACGUGCCCAGGGGGGGCGGCCGCGCCGACAUGCACAUCGUCAUCAACGGGGAGGACAUGGGGGCGUCGGCCAAGGGCCUCCCCGCCGACCGGCCGCUCUACGCCGUGGUGGACGUCUUUGCCGCCACCAAGACGGUGCGCAUCGUGCAGGUGGAGUACGGAUUCUCCUCUCUGCAGACACUGUGUAGGAAGACGAUCCAGAAGCAUAUUGUCCACAGGAUGGCGCUAGACUGGCUGGAACUUCCCGAGGCACUUAAACAUUACUGCAAAUAUGAGUGACGAAGGUUGCCCUGCCUGAGGCGAACUUUAAGCCUACGGCCUUUUGGAACUUUUACACUACAUGAAACACAGACGACAUCAUUUAUUUAUUUAUUUAUUUAUGUAUUGUAUUUUUUGUCAAAUAGCUUAUAGAUCCACCAUCAAUUUAAAGAAUGUAAUGACUGUGAAUUAAUCACGUGUAUAGUUUUGUUUUGCCUGCUUUCAGUAGGCUACCUUUGAAUUUAAAUUAGAAAAUAUAAUGUUUAAUAAAUUCACUGUGGUAAAAACUUGA